CCACUUGCCAGCGUUAAAAUGUGAUGGCAAACUGCUGGUGUGAUUAUGUUAAUGCAAAUCUUGAUGGUUUUGUGUGCCGAUAAUUUUUAAAAAUUCGUAGAAUAAUAUAAAAAUGGCAGGUUUCACUGAAAGUGCGUUGGUGAAAAAAUUACUGGAUUUAAACCCGUCCCAGCAGAGCAUUCAGACCUUGUCGUUAUGGUUAAUUCAUCACAGAAAACAUCAUCCAACGAUCGUCAAAGUUUGGUACAAAGAGAUGUGCAAGGCCAAAAACAACCGUAAGCUGACAUUCAUGUAUCUCGCGAAUGAUGUGAUACAAAAUAGUAAAAAGAAAGGGCCAGAAUUUGGCAAAGAAUUCGGAAAUAUUCUGCCGAAGGCUUUCGAGCACAUGAAAAGAUUUGACGACAAGACAAGGGAGAGAUUAGGUAGGCUACUGCAAAUAUGGGAGGAAAGAGGUGUCUACGACAAAGUGCAAAUAACGGAGUUCAAAGCAGCUUUUGACUUAGCCGUUGAACCUGUUAAAGAACCAUCAACGCCACCACCUAAAAAAAAAAUUAAAAUUGAGGUUGAGAAGGUGUGUAAAAUAAAGAAAGAAAAAAAAGAGAGAAAAAAAUCUGAGACUGAAAUCGAGGUGGAUGGUACCAAAGAGCUGCACGUUACGCUCAGCCCACGCACACCUGCUGGGGAUCCACCGGAAACUGAAGAACUGAUCAAAGCUUUGAUGGACUUGGAGAACACAGCAUCGUCAGAUGCAGGUGUGAGAGAACGUAUUGCAUCACUACCACCCGAAGUCUCCGAAGUUUCGCUCCUUGCAAACCUAGCAGAUAGAGCAGCUGCCGAUCAACUUAGUGUAGCAGUAAAUGAAGCUGCUGCACUGUUAGCAGACUACAAUGGAAGAUUACAAGCAGAAAUGGAAGACAGAAGAAAACUGUUAACCAUGUUGAGGGAUUACACCUUAGCCCAGAAGCAGUUACUUCAACAAGCUCAAACAACAUUAGAGGACUACAAAGAGAAGUUGAAAAAGGUGUGCGCAGUACGGACAGAAGUGAAAUCACACAUCUCCAAUCUUCCCGAUUUGACGCAACUACCUGAUGUCACUGGUGGACUGGCGCCUCUCCCUUCAGCUGGUGAUUUGUUCUCGUUAAAUUAAUUUAAUUCUUGAAGAAAUACAUUAUUGUUCUAUUAAACAUUUGACGAGUCAUCAUUUCAGUGUAAUGGUGUAUUAUAAUUAAUUCACAAGUGAACCUGUAGGCAGUACAUUAAGGAUACCAAAUUCGCACAUUUUGAUACGGUUUUCCUAAAUUUGUAAGCACACGACAGAUCUGGAUCUGCCAGAUGAGUUGGAAUUAUUUUAUAAUGUAGCAGAAAAAUAAAUCGCCCACAGCCACACAACUAGUUAUCUACGGGGUGACUUUAAGAAUUUUUUGUACUCUUCUGGUGGGUUUUCUUGCAUUUUGUCGAAUAACAACAAUUUUAGAAUAACGAAGUAAUAAUAAAUGAUAUGGUCUGUAUAUGGAAAUGUAAAAUUAAUUAGAAGUGUAGAAAUGUACAACUUAUGUAUUGUUAUUGCAAAGUUAUAGUAACUGAUAGUUUGUGAUCAAAUUACAACUUUUUGUUGAGCUUAA